CACGCGCAGGCCGCACGUGGCGGUUGGAAGCAGCGGCCCGGUACAGCGGCACGAGGUUGGGAUGUUAGUCAGCCGGAGACAGGAGGGAGACGCGGCACGCGGCCUCUGCGACCCUAGAGCUAUCUUGACCCCAGCUCCCACACUGUCGCCUAUCACUGGCCUACGCUCCAUGCCGCGUGCCCCUUAAAAGCUGAGGCCUGGGCCAGGAACCGCAGACAUUCCAGCCAAUGGUGUCACGUACGGUAGCCCCGGUAUCCAAUCGAAAGGCGCGGCUGAGGGAAACGCGUAGGAACCGCCCCCGACUCUACGCGACUCCCUGGACGGGCGGGGGAGAGCGUCUCAGUCAGCUGAGAGCAUCCGGGCUCGGUCGAUUCUUCGGGCGAGUUACCGGGUCGACCUGCGGGAGCACGCGGGCAGUGGCCGGACGCUGAAGCCGUGUGUGCUGCCGCCCAGGAGAGCGAUGGAGGUGCAUCCGGAGGCUGGGAAGGAGGGCAAGCCUUCCUGCGCAUUGGUGGAACUGCAGGGAGACAGCUCCUUACAGGUGGAGAUCUCUGACGCAGUGAGUGAGCGGGACAAGGUGAAAUUCACUGUUCAAACCAAGAGCUGCCUCCCUCACUUCGCCCAGACUGAGUUCUCAGUCGUGCGGCAGCACGAGGAGUUCAUCUGGCUGCAUGACGCCUACGUGGAGAACGAGGAGUACGCCGGCCUCAUUAUCCCCCCAGCCCCUCCAAGGCCAGACUUUGAGGCUUCGAGAGAAAAGCUGCAGAAACUGGGUGAGGGGGACAGCUCUGUCACUCGGGAAGAGUUUGCCAAGAUGAAGCAGGAGCUGGAAGCGGAGUACCUGGCCAUCUUUAAGAAGACAGUUGCGAUGCACGAAGUCUUUCUGCAGCGCCUGGCGGCCCACCCCACCCUGCGCCGAGACCACAACUUCUUUGUUUUUUUGGAAUAUGGACAGGAUCUGAGUGUCCGGGGGAAGAAUAGGAAGGAGCUCCUGGGAGGGUUCCUGAGGAAUAUCGUGAAGUCCGCGGAUGAAGCCCUCAUCACUGGCAUGUCAGGGCUCAAGGAGGUGGAUGACUUCUUUGAGCAUGAGAGGACCUUCCUGUUGGAGUAUCACACCCGUAUCCGAGAUGCCUGCCUGCGGGCCGACCGCGUCAUGCGCUCCCACAAGUGCCUGGCAGACGAUUAUAUCCCUAUCUCAGCUGCACUGAGCAGUCUGGGAACACAGGAAGUCAACCAGCUAAGGACGAGCUUCCUCAAAUUGGCAGAGCUCUUUGAACGGCUGAGGAAGCUGGAGGGCCGGGUGGCUUCCGAUGAGGACCUGAAGCUGUCAGACAUGCUGAGGUAUUACAUGCGCGACUCACAGGCAGCCAAGGACCUGCUAUACCGGCGGCUGCGGGCACUGGCUGACUAUGAGAAUGCCAACAAGGCGCUGGACAAGGCACGCACCAGGAACCGGGAGGUUCGGCCCGCCGAGAGCCACCAGCAGCUGUGCUGCCAACGCUUCGAGCGCCUCUCCGACUCUGCCAAGCAAGAGCUCAUGGACUUCAAGUCCCGCCGGGUCUCCUCUUUUCGAAAGAAUCUCAUUGAGCUGGCAGAGCUGGAGCUCAAACAUGCCAAGGCCAGCACCCUGAUUCUCCGGAACACCCUUGUGGCCCUAAAGGGGGAACCUUAGAGCAGCCAGACCUUGCUCUGGGAUCUCUAGUAACGGGGGUAUCCCAGACCCCUCUCCAGCAAGAUGUCUCCUUCCCUAGCACAGUGCCACUAGCCACAUCGUCACUCUGCCCCACAUCCUCCCAGGGAAAGCCCGAACCCGCUACCCCACCACCACCAAAGGUGCCAGGCCCUGCAAGACACAGGGCAGCAUGGGCAUUAUAAUUGGCCACAGGUCAGCAGAGCCCCAGGGACCCUGACAUCCCCCCACCACCAGGCUGAAGGACAGCCUCUACCCUCACCCGUGGCCUUGAAGGAAUCACAGCUCACUUGAUCCCAGCCUGUUCUCCUUCACAAAUAAAAACCCUGGUUUUGCAGCAA